AUGCUAGUUGUAGAUAAUGAUGUGAAAGACAUGGAAACAAGCGACGCUGAAAGAUUAGCAUUCGUGGACGAAAGUGAUAUAAUAUCUUCAUCAUUCAAUGAAUCCGUGUCAAUCGACUUCGAUCAACUACUAUUUAAUAGCCCCGAUGGAACAUUUUCACAUUCCAUAUUUCCCAACAAAAAUCGGCCAAGAGAUGCUGACUAUGAUAAUUUAACUCCUGAUACGCGUGUUCCUUUGGAAACUUUGGAUUCUUCACUUGACAGCAGUAUCGAGCAAGAAAAUUCUGGUUACAUUCAACAUACAAUCUCUGAGGACCAAAUAUGCAUGCAAAUCAAUCCAGGAAACCACCCGAUGCCAGACAAUUUGUCACAUGCAACCAUUACAGUUGAGAGUCGUAACAAAGAUACUAAUGAAAGAGAGUACAAAAAGUUUCAUUGCGACUAUGAAGGAUGUUCCAGGACUUACAGUACAGCUGGGAACCUGAAAACUCACCAGAAAACUCACAGAGGGGAGUACACAUUUGUUUGUUCACAAGAUGGUUGUGGCAAAAGUUUUUUGUCAUCAUACAGUUUAAAGAUUCAUGUACGAGUUCAUACCAAAGAAAAACCAUUUGGUUGUGAUGUUACUGGUUGUUCAAAAGCAUUUAACACUUUGUACAGAUUGAAGGCUCAUAAGAGACUACACACAGGAAAUACUUUUAAUUGUAAAGAACCAGGAUGUGGAAGGUAUUUUACUACACUGAGUGAUUUACGAAAACAUUUCCGCACGCACACAGGGGAAAGACCUUAUCAAUGUAAAGAAGAUGGUUGUGGAAAAUCUUUCAUAGUGAGUCAUCAUUUGAAGAAACAUGUACAAACACACACUGGGGAGAAACCAUUUUCCUGUCCAGAGCCUGACUGCCAAAAGUCCUUCGUUACCCAGUACAAUCUGAAAGCUCAUAUGAACAAACAUGCAAAAGACCUCAGUGAGGAACCCAUUUAUACUGAUACUACUAAUGAAGUAAUUUUUGAUGAGGGGAGUACAGCAGAAACAUCAUCUCUUCGCAUAAAUAAUGUAUUUAGUGUGCCUGUGUCUACAAUUACUGUUGAUACAAUGCCAGAUGGUAGCUUAACAGCUUAUGCUGUGAUACCUUUGGGGAAUCUGAAUUCAGGAUUCUUUCCCAACAUAAAUGCUAAUCCUGUCCCUCAGCCUCUGGUUAUAGACAAGCAAACUCAGUCUGAUGAAGUAAAUAGCCACUUUUCCUCUUUCGCUGAAGCAGCACUCCCAGACUCUAAUAAGGAAUCACAUUUUACAUCAAAUAAUUCUGUAGCAGUGGAAGACAUUAUAUCUACUUCUGCGAAAUUAGCUGACAUUUGUAAAUGUGGGCCCAACAAAUGCCAGCCAGACGGGAAGUGUUGCAUGGGUUGUCCAGGUGAUGAAGAAGAUUAUUGUCACGAAAGCAAAGAUGUCCAACUUGCCGUUUCAGAAUGUUCGCAGUCAGCCCAGUUGAGUACGGAGGACCAUUCUACCUUAGCUUAUGCAAUUAGUGUACCUGAAGACAUUGUUUCUGAUCUCAAUGACAGUAAUAUUGUAACAGUUGUUGAUGCUUCGUGCCAAACUGAAGAGGAGCAGAACGUGCUGGAAGCUCCCUGUUGCAACCGAUCUUGCCUUAUUGCUUUAGAUAAAGAAACUAUAUCAUUGUACAAAGAUUUUCAGCACUCAAAUGGGGGCUGCUGUGUGCAUUCCUAAAUAUUGCUUGCAGUUUAUCAUUUGUUGUUCGCAUAAUGUCAAAAGCACAAGCAUUUUAUAUCAGAGUUUUUGGUAGAAUAUUUACAAGUAUUCAAUUUUCUAUUAAUUAUUUACCACUAUCCCUCAAUUGCUAUAAGAAGCUAUUUUUUAUUAUUACACUAAAUUUAUAAAUAAUGUUGGUUUAAUGUAGCAUUUAUAUGAUAUUGUUGAUGGCAUUAAUAUACAAUCUGUUUUGUACCAAAAAUUUGUUGAACUCCCAUUUUGAAUUCGAGAGCUUUAUACCUGAAAGCAUGUACAUUUGAAAUAGUGCAAAGAGUAAAAUGUAUUCAACAAUACAUAAAAGAUAAAAGUUAAUGUUUAAGUACAGUUACAUUAAUAGAUGUUCUUCCUCAUACUCUGACUCAUUAAUUAAGGAAUAAAAAAAUAUAUAUUUGAUAAUUUUAGCACAAUAUUUACUAUACGAUGAAUAAAAUGAGCGAUUGAAAUUCCAACUGAGCUGCAAAAGGAAAAAAAAAAAAGAUGAGAAAAGGAAAAAAAAAACACUAACUCAUUUAAAAUUACUUGAAAGUGACUUAAUUAGAUAUUUUGAAAUGCAGUUACAUGUUAUUAACCAGCAAAUUAUGACCGAAUUGGAGGAGAGAAAAUAAAACAUACAAGUAUAAUAUAUUUCAUUUAUGGGUUUUAUGAUUUUUUCUUUCUUCCCUUUUAAUCUCAGCUCCAGAACUUACCUUCAUGUAUCAUAUUUGUUUAUUACGCAACUGUCAGAAACUGAUGAUGUUCUUACAUAAAAGUACAUAGCUGAAAAAUAAUCCGGCCCCCUUUUUUUAAAAACUUUAGUUGAUGAAAUAAAAUUUUCAUGCACCAAAUAGAUGCCUUGCAUAAAAAUCUAAAUUCAAUAUGAUUCUUUUUUUUUUUAUAAAUAUUUGAUUUUGAUUAAGUUUUGUGUCUUAUUG